CCUGUGCUACACCUAUAGGUGUGAGAAGGCAGCAUCUGGGGCACCACAUCCCCUCCCAGGCAGCAUGUGGGUGUGGGAAGAGGCGAGCGGCCCCGGCUGCAGGGCGAUCCGGCAGAGGAAGCCGCUGGGCUGCGCCUGCAAUCGGGCUCGGGGCUGCGGGACCAGCGCGUCACCUCCAGCCACGGCGAGCCCCGACGCGGGGCCGGGGACCCCGCAUCCACCGCCCGCUCCCCUCGGCUCAGCGACACCCGCCCCAGGACCAGCCGGUGAGCGGCGGCUCCAGCACGCCGACUGACGCUUCAUUGCAUUUUUUCUGGAAUGGAGAUUUCUUCUCACCAGUUUCACCUCUUGCAGCAACUAAAUGAGCAGCGCAGGCAGGACUUGUUCUGCGACUGCAAUAUCCUGGUGGAGGGCAAGGUCUUCAAAGCACAUCGCAAUGUGCUGUUUGCCAGCAGCGGCUAUUUCAAAAUGCUCCUCUCGCAGAGCUCGAAGGAGACGAGUCAGUCGACAACAGCUACUUUCCAGGCAUUUUCUCCUGACACAUUUACAGUUAUUCUAGAUUUUGUGUAUUCAGGCAAACUGUCCCUCACUGGUCAAAAUGUCAUUGAAGUCAUGUCGGCUGCUAGCUAUCUUCAGAUGACCGAUGUUAUCAGCGUGUGUAAAACGUUCAUUAAGUCAUCGCUGGACAUCAGUGAGAAGGAGAAGGAUCGCUACUUCAGUCUGUCAGACAAAGAUGUAAAUUCAAACGGGGUGGACCGAUCUUGCUUGUACAACACCGGCUGGAGGGCAGAAAGCAGCCCGCCGCAUUCACACUUGAGUUCAGACCAAGGGACAUGUAUGAUGGGUGGAAACUCUUGGAGCAAUUUCAGCUACUAUCCAACUUCUCAAAGAAAUGCCCAGCAGCAGCUGUCCAAACAUGAGCAACGGCAGGAUUCCGUAAAGAAAUCCCGGCACCUGGGACUGCAGCAGCCUUCUGACAUUCCUCACUAUAAAUCAAGCAAACUGGAGGACAGGGCUGCUGAGCCCACUGGCCAUAUUGCUCAGUCUGAGGAGCAAGUUCAGAUCGAACCAGAAGUUGAAUCCCCUCAUGUGGGGUACCAGUACAGCCAAGGGUCCGACGUGAUGCCAAGGAGCUUGGCUGUGUCACAGCAGGAGCAUGAAUCACCCCGUUCUUCCAGUAAAUCGAAGUCUUCAAAAGCUGAUGAGCAGUACACGAGCAUGCCCUCGAUCCUGGGUGUCAUGGGAAGCUGGGCUGAAGAUGAUCUGCCCAGGAUGAGGUUCAAGUGCCCGUUCUGCACUCAUGUGGUGAAAAGAAAAGCAGACCUAAAGCGUCACCUUCGCUGUCAUACAGGAGAGCGCCCUUACCCUUGUGAGGCAUGUGGGAAAAGAUUUAGCAGGCUAGAUCACCUAAGUAGCCAUUUUCGAACAAUUCAUCAGGCUUGUAAGCCUGUCUGCAGAAAAUGUAAACGCCACGUGACUGAGCUGACAGGACAAGUGGUCCAAGAGGGGACGAGACGUUACAGACUCUGUAAUGAGUGUUUGGCUGAAGCUGGUAUAGACAGUAUUCGCAUUGACUUGGAGGCUGAAGCACCCCUUGAAUUUCCACAAGAUGGGGAUAAGGAUUCCAGGUGGCACUAUGGGGAAGACAACAGAUCAGACGUGGAGAUUGUGGAGGAUGGGUCAACAGACUUGGUCAUUCAGCAAGUUGAUGACAGUGAGGAUGAAGCGGACGAAAAGGAAGUAAAACCAAAUAUUAGGUAGUUGCAAGACAAGAAGUAGGAAUUUCGCAUAAGAGGGAGAAUGUACUGUCUUGACCAUAUGCCCUCCACCAGCCUGUUGUUAAGCAUACAAAGACAUACUGGUUUCUCUUGGACAGGUCCAGACUUGCAUGUAUUUAUGGACAUGCCAUUGAGUCCAUUCUGAGUUUUGUUAUGAGAAUACCCAUGCUUUGCUUCAUUAGAAAUAAUCCAUCCUUAAGUGAAAUAAUGGAUGAAUAAGGAACUGAAGUAUUACAUGGAUAACUUUUUAUAGUAGACAGUGCGUCACUUCAAAACCUCUUUCAAGGGAGUGAGAUCUAAAUACUUUAAAAAACAAAAAAGUCACGCAGCACUGUAAAUUGCCCACUUGUUAAACUUGUAGAGAUGUAGGGUUUGUAUGUGUUAUCAUUUGUCGAUAAAGUAUAAAUACCCCACACAGCAGAAUAUCCACGUCUCUUCAGGAUUCAGAAAUUAAGAUAAUCUUCCACAAAAUUUCAUGAAGUCUUCGUAUUAUGAUAAGGAAAAAAGGCAGCUAAUUAAGAAAAAGCAUAUAAAAUGUUUUAGCACAUUCAUCUGGAAAAGCACUUUCUUGUAAAAUUUAUUAGAAUAAGGAGAUUCUUUAGCAGGUCAUUCAUUCAAGACCAGUUUCUUUACAAGAAAAUAAACACAGAGAUACUAGUCCUAGUCAACACAUCAGAAAGAAAAUUAUUACAAAUAUGAAUCGUUAGUUGAUGUCAGUAGAUGUUUCAUUCAUUCUGAAAACUGGGAACUCAGACUGGGCUAUGGUUUAAUAAGCAUUAGUAAAAUUCUCUCUCUCUCUUUUUUUUUUUUUUUUUUUUCCCCUUAAAAACCUCUCAAAAAUGCCAGGCUGACAUGACUGGUAAUUCUGCAUCCACAGCAUUGCCAAUGGCAGCGUCAGCUUCUCCACACCAACGUGAAGGAAACAAUCCUUCCAAAGUUACUUCAGCUGUUGUUUUCUCUCUUUGUCCCGUUUUAUUUAUAUAGCACAUUAUCUGGCACAAUAACAGUGCCAGAACAAUUUGUACAGUAUAUAUACUAUAUCAUUAGAAGCGGAACUGAUGAGAUUUUUCCAUCUGAAACCAUUGACUACUCCUGUUUGUAUUGACCUGUACUCACUUUAAACUGAUGAGUUUUAAGAUGGAGUCAUUAUCAAUUUAUGUAUUCCCAGAAUCAUUCGGUCACCAAGAGAAUACAUUUUAACCUUUUUCAGUCUGUACUAUAUGCCAACGAGAAUAAGAUGUACUGGAAGUCCUAGACACCAUAUUUCUGUAAUUUUGCCUACAAUUAGACUACAGGAGAUGGAUGACUUAAUGGUGAAGAAAGUUUACUUCUGUAACAAAGUAAGCCACUUUGUUUUGUUACUUAGUUAGUUUAUCUUGACCAGCACUUGACCAGGACAGGAGCAGAAGUAUGCACCUGGAGUGCUUUUACUCUGCAUUUUCUUAGACAGACCUGAGUAUUAAUACAGUCUUCAUCCUGCAAUCACUGAACUCAGUGGGUAUAGGCUUAAGCUUAGAAUUUUUUUUUUCCUCUUUUUACAACUUUGUAAGCAUGUUUGGCUGAAACCAGGGAUUAACUACAGAACAAUCCCAUAUAUAUAUAUAUAUACACUAUAUAAUCUCUUUCCCAGGGACAGCUAAAAAGUCACUGUUUUCUUUUUAUUUGUGUAAAAACUGUAUAGCCUUAUUAGUAUCAUCAUUACCAGAGAGUGCAGCAUUUUCAUUCCGGGCUGCAGAUGGCCAGCCUACAGGUCUCUUAAAUGACAGCUCAGGUGCUUCCUACUAAGUUCACAGCAUAAGCAUUAAGUGCCCUUCCCCUCAAUGUUGCAGGCUCUCAAGAAGCAGCCUGCUUGUAUGUUCUAAGGAGAUCAGAAGUGGUGUUUCAUUUUUACUAAAGUUAUCAUCCAUUGGCUUAGACUUGGGGAGGUGCAUGGAAGGAGGAACUUACAAAACUUUCUGAUCACCCAUAUAAAAACAUCUUUUCCGAAUGAAACUUAUACUUGCCUCGAUUUUAUGUUACUCUUUGGUCAGCAGUCCACGAAGUCAACUUGAUGUGAAAACAGCUGGUUAAUUUCUUGGAGCUUAUUACUCCUAAAAUGCAUAUUAUUAAAUGGCUAAGAAAUAUUCCUGAGCAACCUUAACUAAAUCAAAUAUAGAACAAAGAAAUCUAUAAAAGAAUAUGGAAUGACUUCGAUCAAAUUUCAAGAGAAAAUGCUUGCUGAAAUCAGAUUUCAUAGAUUUUUCCAUUUCCCUUUACAUUAAACAGUAUGCACAAUAAAUUCUAGGUAUCAGUGCCUGCUGUACCAGAAUACAAAGUGGCUGGGAUUAGUCUCUGUGUGUGUUUGGGGAUGGAUUAAGGGGAGGGGAAAAUAAAUUGUCAUUCUAGGCCCGAAAUCUUACCUGCCAUCUGUAAAGGUGAGACUAUUAAGUGUUUCUUAAUAGUGGGGGCGUUUUUAGGAGCAACACUAUUUUUGGAUCAAUACUCAAUCUAAUUAGAUGCCAUAAAUCUAAGAAUACUGAGGACCAGAUGCUUCAGAAAAAAGAUGUGAAGUGGCUAUAAAUGGGCAAGGGGAACAACCUAUCCAUGUGAAGACAUUUACUUUUUAAAUAUAGGCAGAUUAAUUGUUGAUUUGCCUGGCAAAUAAGGGUUUAUACUGGUUUUAUAUGUUAUUGUUAUUCGUAGUAGCAUAACUAGAUAUCUGUAGUAAUUUUUGAAGUACCUUAUUAAGCUUGGAGUUUUAGCUCAACUGCGAUUCCCACAGGUCAAUUAUGUUUUGUAUUUUAAAGACGUUACCAUUUUUACAUUUGUUGCCUUAAUUUCAGUUGUUCCCUUAUUUUUGUAUUGCAAGACGAGAUAAAUGUUAAGUGCCUUCUAUUUUCUACGUCCUUCAUUUUACAUAGCCUGUCAUAUAUUUUGCUUGUUUUUCUCUAAAUGAAAGUAAUCCUGUUUGUUUUCUUCUCA